AUGCCUUCUUUGCGGCCGGCGUUGCUGAAGGCGGGAUGCAUGACAGUCUUGGACGGUGCCUUGGCUCCAAAUGCUACGCUCGCUACCACCAGGAGCGCUAGUGCAGAAAUUAGGAACGAGCUGAGUCCGGGCUCUAAUCGGCCGUCCUUGAGCUCGUUGACCUACCUUGCCCUUGCUUCGCCGAUGCACCAUCCGCUCCAACCACAACACACCAUUUGCAUAAUUCGAUAA